AUGCCAAAUCGGAUUAGUAAUCAGAAAAACAGAAUUAUAAUACCCAAUCAGGGAGGUUUCGGGUCUGUAUAUAAAGGAAAGCUCCGAAGUGGAAAUCUUGUUGCCAUCAAGAUCUUAGCAACAUCUAAAGGCAAUGGAGAAGACUUUAUCAAUGAAGUUGGUACCAUUGGGAGGAUUCAUCAUGUCAAUGUGGUGCGACUUAUCGGAUUUUGCUUCAAGGGAUCAAAAAGGGCUCUAGUGUACGACUUCAUGCCAAAUGGGUCAUUGGACAAGUACAUCUUCAAUCAAGAACAAAGAGGAAAUAUUUCCUUAUGUAGUUGGGAAAAGAUGUACAAGAUCGCUCUAGGAGUGGCUCACGGGAUUGAAUAUCUCCAUCAAGGUUGUGAUAUGCAAAUUCUACAUUUUGAUAUCAAGCCUCACAAUAUUCUUCUGGAUGAUGAUUUUACUCCAAAAAUUUCGGAUUUUGGGCUUGCCAAACUAUAUCCAACAGAUGAUAGUAUUGUUUCUCUCACUGCUGCAAGGGGAACAAUAGGAUACAUAGCUCCAGAACUGUUCUACAAAAGUAUGGGAGGUGUCUCCUAUAAGGCUGAUGUUUAUAGUUUUGGAAUGUUGCUGAUGGAAAUGGCAGGAAGAAGGAAGAAUGUGAAUCCAUAUGCUGACAAUU